GAGCAGGUGACGUCAUUUCCAGUGGAGGGAAGUUAACCCGGAAAAGGGUGUUGGCUGAGGUAGGUGAGGAACCAGAACCAAACCCGAAUCUGAGCUCUAGAUAUCUGGACUCGUAGUUAGAGCCAGAGUUUGGACCGGGACACCGACCAGCCGAGACCGCAGACAUCUUAUCAGUCCGCGGAGCCACAGUUUGACAGCCCUGUUAGCCGCUAGCUGCUAACCGUCCGGAGAGGAAGAUGAGCGGAGGGAUGAACAGCAUCGAUGCAGUGAAGAAGAAGAUCAAGGUGUUGCAGGAGCAGGCGGAGGAGGCCGAAGAGCGAGCCGAGCGGCUGCAGAGGGAGGUGGAGAAGGAGAAGAAGACCAGGGAGGAGGCGGAGGGAGAGGUGACGUCUCUGAGCCGGCGGCUGCAGCUCAGCGAGGAGAACCUGGACCGGGUUCAGGAGAGACUGGCCACCGCCCUGCGUAAACUAGAUGAGGUGGAGAAGGUUGCUGAUGAGAGCGAGAGAGGUAUGAAGGUGAUCGAGAACCGAGCUCUAAAAGACGAGGAGAAGAUGGAGCAGCUGGAGGUUCAGCUGAGGGAGGCCAAAAUGAUUGCCGAGGAGGCCGACCGCAAAUAUGAGGAGGUGGCCCGUAAGCUGGUGAUGGUGGAAGGAGAGCUGGAACGGGCCGAGGACCGGGCCGAACAGGCGGACAGUAAAGUUCGGAGGCUGGAGGAGCAGCUGAGGGGUUUCGACCAAUCACUGAAGAGCCUGCAGGCAUCUGAAGACAAGUACUCUCAGAAGGAAGAUCGCUACGAGGAGGAGAUCAAGAACCUGAGCAACAAACUUAAGGAGGCGGAGACCAGAGCUGAGUCUGCAGAACGUUCAGUGGCCAAACUGGAGAAAACUGUUGAUGAACUGGAAGACGCUCUGACUGCAGCUAGAAACGCCAACAUGGAGCUUCAGGCCACCCUGAAUCAGACCAUGGACGAGCUUAACUCCUGCUGAAGCUCCUCCCACCGCGUUGCCUACCAGGAAGCUCUGCGGCGCAGCCUGCUGAAGCUCCUCCUCCUCCAGGUGGAGGUGUGAUGAGGGCGUGGCCUCCUGCCUCCUUUCUGGAUGAUUCCCAUGUCACACAUUCCUUCUGUCACAUUGAAUUGUUUAUUUUAAUCCCAGUUACUAACAGCUUCCCUCGUUUAGACUAAUUCAGUGUUUAAUCACUUUUGGUAAUCGAUUCGUUGAUUAGGGCCAAAUAUUAUUUCUGCCAAUAUUUGUUGUUUUUUGAGACGUGGGGUUUAAGUGUGUGAUCAGCCAAUCAUGAAGGACAUUCCACUGCCAAAUACGGCAACCCAGGGGCCAAUCAGUGGUCAGACCUCCCCCCGUUUUAAUGUAAUAGUAUUUUUACCUAGUGAUGUCAUCACAGCCAUGAUGUCACAGCUCAUUGUAAUGACCCAGAGUGAAAAGAUUUUAUAAAAUAAAAGCUCCGCAUGUAAACCUGAA